AUGUUGAGAUUGAAUGAAUCGAGAAAUACUCUAUUUAAUAUUUAAUGUGAUACAAGUAAUAAAGUGGCCAUUUUUGAAGGAAGUUUAUACUAAACUAUUGCUAAUAAAAAAAAAUAGAUUACAGAAAAAGUUUGAGGCCUAGCUACAGAAUCAAGAUUUUUGUGAUAUACACAUGCAAUUCUUGAGUAGUGUACAAAAUGGGAUUGACAAAGCAAUAUCUGCGUUAUGUUCCUGCCGGUAAUUUAAAUAUAAUAGCUAGUCCUAAGUGCAAUGUGGUUUUCGUAACAUUAGAAGGACAAGAAGGUAGAUUUGUGGCUGCUGGAGCCUGUGAACAUGUGUUAAUAUGGGACUUGCGACUGGGAGAAAAGGCUCAGGUACUGAUAGGAGAAAAUACAGAUGCAACAUGCAUAGCUGCGUCACCUAAUAAACGUCAUGUUGCUGUUGGUUAUGCUGAUGGUUCAGUAAGAACGUUUGAUCUGAGAUCAGGAGAGAAUAUUAGUACAUUUAUGGGUCAUAGGUCUGAAAUUACAUCUCUGGCUUAUGAUAAAUUUGGUCACCGUCUUGCUUCUGGAUCAAAGGAUACUGAUAUUAUUGUGUGGGAUGUUGUGGCAGAAACUGGUGUAUGUCGAUUGUCUGGUCAUAAAGGCAUUAUAACUAAAGCUGUUUUUAUGAAAGAACAUAAUAUUCUUAUAAGCUCCAGUAAAGAUACAUAUGUCAAGUUUUGGGAUCUUGAUACUCAACAUAAUUUCAGAACACUUGUUGGGCACAGAUCAGAGGUUUGGGGUCUAACGUUAGUAAAAGACGACCGGUAUUUGGUGACUGGUUGCAACGACAAUGAACUACGUGUAUGGAAAGUAUACUUUAUUGAUACCAAGAAAGGUGACUUGAGUGCUGCUGUUAAUGAUUUGACAAUUAACAACGAAGAUGAAGUUCACGACAACAAUUAUCCCCUACGCUGUGAGAAAUUUGGUAGCAUUCUAAGAUCUGGUCGCGGACGAGUUGUUUCCUUAGGAGCAGAUGCUACUGGUCAAAUCGUGGCUUCUCAUGGCGUGGAUAAUACAGUGGAAUUAUUUCGCCUCUUACCGCAAAAGGAGGUUGAAAUGCGAUUAGCAAAACGGUUGAAAAAAGAAAGAAAGAAGGCUACAAAGGAAGGUAACUCCACAGAGGACGUCAUACCUGACCUAUCAUCAUCAUCAUCAUCUUUGAAAGAUGAAGUGAAGAGACUUCCGCCUAUCAAAGUAGAAAACAAAGCUAAAGGAUUGGACCUAAUAAUAGGAAAAGGAGAAGAACUUCGAGUUUGUGUGGCAAUUAAUAAUAACAGUAUCGAAUUACACUCAAUAAUGACAGCAGAUAAUGAUCCAGAAGUGAGGUGUUUACGUACAAUUACUUCACAUGGUCAUCGCAAAGAUGUCAGAGCAGUUUGCUUCAGCUCUGACAAUCUAGCUUUUGCAACUGCCAGUGGAGAUUCCGUUAAAUUAUGGAAUCGACCAUCAUUAGCUUGUUUGCGAACUGUGCCAUGUGGUUACGCCCUAACAGCAACAUUCGUCCCGGGUGACCGACAUUUAAUAGUUGGAUUAAAAGAUGGAAAAAUGCUGAUCAUUGACAUAGCUUCCGGUGACAUACUAGAGGAAGUGCCUGCCCAUUCUAAAGAAUUGUGGAGUGUCACGCUCUUUCCGGAUAUGAGAGGAGUAGCUAGUGGUGGAGGAGACCAAACAGUAAAAUUUUGGAAUUUUGAACUCGUGGAUGAUCCUGAUAGUCAAUCAAAAGCCAAGGUCCUGUCUGUAUUACACUCAAGAACUCUAAAACUGGAAGAGAGUGUACUCUGUGUCAGAAUUAGUCCUAACAGUCGCUUUGUUGCUGUUUCGUUACUCGAUUCCACUGUCAAAGUAUUCUUCUUGGAUACGUUCAAGUUCUUCAUCUCACUCUACGGUCACAAACUUCCGGUUCUUUGUAUGGAUAUAUCCAGCGAUUCUACUCUAAUAGCAACUGGGUCAGCUGAUCGCAAUAUUAAAAUUUGGGGCAUGGAUUAUGGAGACUGUCACAAGUCUAUUUUUGCUCACGAUGACUCUGUCACUGGUCUUGCGUUCGUUUCGAAGACUCAUUAUUUAUUUACAUGUGGUAAAGAUGGAAAAGUCAAACAGUGGGAUGCUGACAAUUUCCAAAAAAUCAUAACGCUGCAAGGCCACUCGGGUGAAGCUUGGAACUGUGCAGUAUCUCCUAAUGGAAUAUACGUCGCGUCAUGUGGAUCUGACAAAGUAGUUAGAUUGUAUGAAAGAUCAUCAGAACCUUUAGUUUUGGAAGAUGAAGCAGAAGAGGAACGCGAGAAACAAGAGAAGGAAUUAGUAACUGGAGAAACAACAGUGGUUCAAGGACAGAAGCAGCAGCUUCUUCCAUCGAGGAAAACUGUGAACAGUGAAAAAGCGGCGGAACUGAUAUUAGAGUGUUUAGAGGUGUCGAAAGCAUAUGAAGAAGAAUUGGCAGGUGUUGUACCUCCAAAGCAUCCACCACCACCGCCAGCAUUGAUGCAAGCUCUAAAUUGCACAAAUACCCAAGAAUAUUUUUUGGAAACUAUGAAACGUGUUAAAGCAAGUGAUCUAGAAGAAGCUUUACUUUUGCUACCGUAUUCCGCAGCCUGUGAAAUCUUACGCAUGCUUCCAAAGCUAUUGGAAAGUGAAUAUCAGAGUGAAUUAUUAGCCAGACUAUCUUUGUGCUUGAUACAGGCACAUCAUGGACCUAUAGUUGCUAGCCAGGAACUACUUUCUACUUUAGAAACUGUCAAGGCUCUUGCUAUGCAACGAAUAGCAACGUUGAGAGACACUGUAGGUUACAAUUUGCAUGGUAUGGCAUAUGUACAACGUAUAAUAGAAGAUCGUGAUGGAAUUCAAUUGUUCAAAGAUGCAUCCAGAAACAGAAGGCAGAAAAAUAAGAACAGGCGUAACAAAGAAAAGGCUCUCAAGAGAGCAAUAAUGACUUUAUAAUAUUUUAGUAUCUGUUUUAUAAUACAUAACCUAUGAAUAUAAGUGUACCAAAAUAUAAGGCAUAUGCGAAUCCUA